AUGUACCGUACGGUGAUACUCUUAUUCACGUUCUGUCGAUCGUCGCAAGCGUUGCGAUGUUGGUAUUGUGAUGGUGAUCGGAUGACGAAACGUGGUGGCCAAGAGGAAGUGGCAGCCUGGAUGACACCGUCGAAUAGAUGCUGCGUACCGAGAAUUGUAGAAUGUCCGUACACGUCCGCGUAUUGUUUGUGGGCAUUUGUGGAUGGUUUGACGAAAUUUUGGAUUUCCGGCUGUAACGCAGACGAAUUUGUCGGAUGUGACGCACAUCCAAUGCCGUAUAAUGCCACUCUUGAACGUUGCCAAUGCCAGACGGAUUUGUGCAAUCCCAUUCGACGUAUACCGAAUUGCUUAGCAACACCUCGAAACGCAUAUCGACUUACAACCGAACAAAUUUCAGUUGAUGAUAUUGAUAGUGAAAGUGACGAUGAGGAUAUUACUGAUUAUGCAAAUGUUAAUAGUGAUGAAAAUGAUGAGAACAUUAACAGUGUCGAUACCAUAACGAUACUCGAUAAGAACGAAAUUAAGACAGCUGGUAGUUCGAAUGGUGGCAAUCGCCUCUUCAAAACUUUGAGGCUGUCAACUGGAGGAUUCAGUGCGCUGUUUGCUUGUAACUUGUAUAAUCUGUUCAUUCUCUUAUUGUUGAGGUUAAAUGAGCACUUCGUUUUGAUGUGA